UUUACAGUUUAAUAUGUUUACUAGUUUCUUUGUUUUGAUUUAAACAAAAGUAUAUCUCUGUGUCAGGAUUUUUAUACCAGACACUCCUAUUUAACCUGACUGAAUUCACCAACAUAAAUGCUUAGUACACGUUUGAUAAAACACUAUACAUAGUAAGCAUAAUACUGUUUAUGCUUAUAUUCAUUGCCAUGUGUCUGUACUGUAGGUAAUGUUAACCUUGACUGACACUGAUCUGGAAGUUUGUUUGGGCAUCAGCAACCCUAUGCAUCGCAGAAAACUGCGUCUGGCCAUAGAAGAUUACAGACAGGCUGAGUCGGGACAUGGAUUAUCAAAUGCUGCAGAUCUUGACCACCACUGGGUGGCGCAGGCAUGGCUAAAUGAUGUUGGUCUGCCGCAGUAUUCCCAGUUCUUCCACACACACUUAGUCGAUGGACGCCUACUGAGCACAAUCACACGAACCGACCUGGAAAAGAACCUGCAUGUGUCCAAAAAAGCCCACCAGAGCAGCAUGUUGCUGGGAAUCCAGCUCCUACACAUGCUUAACUUUAACAAAGAGCUGCUGCAAGCAAGACGAGGAGACUGUGAGAACCAGAACUCAGACCUUCUGGUCUGGUCAUGUCAGCGCAUUAUUAAAUGGCUCAGGGACAUCGAUCUGAAGGAGUUUGCUGGCAGUCUUCAAAACAGUGGCAUUCAUGGUGCUGUCAUGGUGCUUGAUCCUUCCUUUAACACGGACUCCAUGGCAACAGCAUUAGGUAUCUCUGCAAGCAAGCACAUGGUCCGUCAACACCUGAAUGAAGAAAUGAAUGGCCUCCUUGCUGCUGCAAGACUGGAUUUUGACCAGGAAGGUAACACCAUGGGAACAUCCCAUAAGAGCUCUCUGGGACGUUCCACGAUAAGCCACCAUGAUGGCCAACACUCCUUCAGGCAACUCAAAGUCAGGCCUGAGGUAAGCUUCAAUCUGAAGAGCCAUGGUGGAGUAAACACCACUUCUUUAAACCCUAGCCAUGAGGAUGCCUCACCGCAGUCUGAAAACAGUCCAGCCAGAAACCUCCCUGCUGCUGACCUCACUAAUGUCUAAUCCUAACUCUGCAAUCCCGAGACAUGGUCCAAAGCCAUAAUAAGCCUGAUCUCAAGGGAUUAAGCUGUAAUGAAAUGUUGGUGAUGGAACAGACCUUUACAUGAAUUGAUAUUUGUCAGCCGAAACCUUUUUUGUGGACAUUUUUAUCAUAAUGUUAUUUAAUGUAUGUUUUGUAUUGACAACACUGGUUCUGAGAUACGAUUUGGACUCGGGCACGAAUCUUGCACCUGCUUUUAGCUUCAAAUAACAUCAUACCAUUAUACAUAAUAAACAUCUGUGGUCCUUUUUAAUAAACCAUAUAAUGAAACAGUCACUAAUAUUUCUGCAAAUUGUGCAAGUAAAGUUUUAAUGAACAAACAUGGAGCUUUGUAAAUAGCAUAAAAAUAAUUUAAUUUGUACCAUGUGUCUAAUGUUAAAAACAUACCACUGAUUAAGGCUUAAGUUUGCUCAUCUUCUCAGUUUUUGUCCACUGAAAAUAAUGCAAAUUAUUGUACAAUGAAUGGUUUAAUGACUCACCUGAUUCUGUAGACAUAGCUAGAGCCUGGUAUUAGAUUUAUAAGACUGUUAAAAGAGACCGUUUAGAAAAUAUAAAUUAGUCCAGGCCUAGGUUUAACCUGAAUAAAAAAAAACAAGGAAAAAGGUCAGGAAACUAAUCUGAUGCCACAUUGUCCUGUAUAGACGUGUUUCACCCUGCAUUCCCUAAGAUAAUCUACUAACAACACUGAAGCUAAACCUGGGAGAAACCACUCAUUAUCUUAAAGCUCAAUGACUAAUAAAUGAAUUAUCUCAAACAGAAACGAUACACUUCUCUGUAAUGAGGUGGCUUUGACAGAUUGUCCCUGGAAGCUACAGUAUAAGAUUUGCAGUCUUUUUAUUUUCCUUGUUUUAUUUGGAUGUUUUUAAGUUGAAGUUCUGAGCCAUAUAAUAAACCGAUAAAGACAGGCCCACAGUUGUCUGCAGUAAAUAACCCCCUGAUUAAAAUAUGACAAGGUCAGUCCUAUAACAUUGCCAUGAAAGGUAUAAAUAGUACAUUGCACCCUCUGUUCUAGUCAUUUGAUAACUUACCUACACAAUGAGACCAUGGCUGCUCAUAAAGCUGGUUAAACAUUGCAGGAACCAACUACUGCUCUGGAACAACAUGUUAAUAAACUGUAUGUAUUUUAAA